AUGUCUGACUUGCUGAAGUCACGAAGCCCAGCUCCAUUCUCGCUGUCGACAUCACCAAACGAUCGAGGGCACGCAUUUUCUGGAAACGCCACUCACGACGAUCUAUCCUCCUCCUUCACGGAAAUUCUAUCAUCACUGAACAGAUCGUUGCCUCUUUCUAAUGUCUCGAACGUCACCAGCGACAGUGGCUACGAUGUGCGAGAUGAGCGGGCGCCAACUGACUUGUCCAGGGUGGAUGGACACCCAUCGUCGUCGGACAAUGGCCAGUCGACUGCCUCCUUCUUAACAGCUCCAGAAGUCAUUGACGAUCACUCACCAUCGUCCGCGGUUCCUCCGAGCACUUCCGACACGGAGAUACGUCUCGAGAGCAGGGACAGUCUCUUAAGCGGAUCAGAGUACGCCGGUCCCGCCCAUCCAGCCACAGGCGACUCGAUGUUCGACCGAUUCCAGGCCGGUCCCUCCUCGCAGAAAGACGAAAUGUCACUAUGGUACAGGAAUAUGUACAAGAAAAUGCAUAAAAUCGAUAACCAGGAAGGUGCGUUUGAUGUUCGAACAAUUCUGUUGCACCAUUGA